AUGCUUCGAAACUGGGGCUUUUGGCUGAUUGUUUCCCAAUUCAGUCUGGUUUUUUGUAAUCAGAAGGGCUCCUUUAAGGAAAGAUUAGACUUUACUCCAUUGCCGAAGAACAACUUACUUGCUUCUUUUAAUUUUGAAAUAAAGUCCGAUACUGUUAACUGGUAUGACACAUCAUCAACUUACAGUCAUUAUACAGUGUUUCCUAAAUCAUUGGGCCCAAUUUUAGAAGAUACAAAAACCCGUGAAUUACACCUACGUUUUUCUCAAGGCUGGUGGGACUCCGAACUAUGGGGGAGCUUGCCUCAAAAUGGAAGUCAAUCUGGUGGAACCGGAGUUGAGGUUUGGGCAGUAAUUGAAGCAGACAAUAAGACUGAAGCCGAAGGUGAAUGGAUUCAUUUGGUAAACUCUUUGUCUGGUUUAUUCUGUGCCAGUUUGAACUUUAUUGACAAUGUCAUUACUACCAACCCUGUAUAUAGUCUCCAGCCGACUUCCAACUUUAUUAACGAAUUGCCUACAGAAGGUGAUCUCUUUUUAUUCAGAAGUGCUCUGCCUAGAGAACCAGUUUGCACAGAAAACUUAACUCCAUUUUUAGAUUUACUUCCUUCCAAGGGGAAAAAUGGUCUCUCUUCGUUACUCAAUGGCCACAAAGUGUACGACUCUCAAUGGAACAGUAUGUCUAUAGAUGUGGAAACAAACUGUGAUGAUGAGCUCAACUGUCAUUAUGAUUUGAAACAGAAUAUUCAUAUGAUAGUCAAUACCAAGAGAGUCCUCUCUAAACUUAGGGAUCCAUUGCCUGUUCCGACCCCGGGCAACGAGCUUAGGUGCGACAGAACUAAGAAACAUGAUGCAUACUACUGCUUCCCCUUAGUUGAUUCUACUGAUAUUAAAAUCGAUAUGCGUGAGAUUUUUGGAAACAUAAUCAACGGUGAGAAUACCGUCACUACGGAGAAAUCUAGGGUAUGUGCUCAUACUGUUCCUGAAGUAUGGAAAGUCCUGGCAAAAGUUAACGAUUAUGACUCAGUAUUUGCCUAUUCUGAGGUACAAGAGCCAUGCUACGAGAUAAGUGGCACAGAUACUCUGAAUAUUGAGCUGAAGACAGACCGUUCUGAUAUUACUUUACCACUAAAGGAACCACCUCUUGUUGUUUCAAGAUCCCUCACAGGCUACUCGCAGGAUUCUGGAGGACUGCGUAUUGACUUCAGAAAUCCUUCCGAUUCAGAGGAGGUGAACUUUGUAUACUAUCAAAGUACCCCAUGGUAUAUGAAAACAUAUCUCCACACGUUGAAGAUGACUUUAACGAAUAAUACAAGUGGGGAAUCUUUCGUCAUCCCGAUCACAGAUCGUUCGAUUGUUUCAUAUCUUCCAGAGUUUUACUAUGAACCCAUGAUUGAUAGAGUCCGACCCUCGCAUUUAGAGCUUAAAUUGGUAUUGCCUCCCAACUUUUCAAUGCGUUUAGCUUACAAGUUUGACAAAUUAAUGUUGAAAUAUGCUGAGUAUCCUCCUGAUGCCAACCAUGGAUUCGAAAUAGAACCAGCUAUCGUGACAGUGGUUGACAAAUUUAAUAAAGUCAUUUAUGAAGCCAGGACCACACCAGCACUUCUCACUUUGCCCACUCCAGACUUCAGUAUGCCUUACAAUGUCAUUAUACUCACGUCUACUGUCAUGGCCUUAGCAUUUGGUGGCAUUUUCAACCUAAUUGUGAAACGAGUUGUUACCGAGGAACAAGCGGAAUAUUACUAUCAGCAAAAUAGUCCGAAACUCAGACUAAGACGCUUAAUCGCAAGGAUAUCUGCAAAGUUCCAAAAAAAGAAAGCUGAUUGA